AGAACACUCGAUUCACGAGGGAAGUGCCCCAGUUUCUAUUUCUACACAAAAAAUUGUUAGUUUUUUGCAAAGUCUUAUUCGGUGGCAGCAAAAUCCAAGUUUCAGUGUUUGUUAAAUGAUUAGCGGUUUAAUUUUAUAAAAAUACUUUUUCCUACAUUGUUUAUUUCACAUGGACCAUCUUUCGCACGCCCUGGAACAUGAGUCGUACGAGCAAGUGUUCGUAUGCCCCACGUGCAAGACCUUCUCCUCGGAACCGCAGUGCAAGAACAAUCACAACGCGCUCAAGAACAACGGUCGACAAUCCACCCUCAGUAAACUGCUGGCAAACUUUGUCAGUGUGGGCUACCGAAUAGUGCCCAACCCAAGUGCACUCGAUACCAGCAGUCUCCGGUCGUGGCGCCCGGUCAAGCAGUCCUUCAUAUGCCACAUGUGCGGCGUGGAGUCGUUCGAUGCCACGUGCACCAACAACCACGACGACGUGGUAAUCCCGAAGGACGUCUGCGACCGUUGCUCGGCCGAGUUCAAUUCGGUCAGCGAGCUGUUGCAGCACAAGGUCAGCGCUCACGCUAGCGUGGAGGUCAAGGAAGAACCGCCAGAGGUUCCGACGGUGCAAGAAGUCGUUUCAACGGAGAGUGAGGUUCCUGCGGAACCCUCACAGGUCCCGACGCCGACGGAUAAGUGGAAGAAAGUGACAGAUAAGUUUACGCAGCUGGUGCUGAAGGGAACGCUCGGGAUGGGCCAAUACCAGGUCAUGACGUCGAACACCGGCUUCGUCUAUCCGGAGGUUCAGGAUAAGGAGGAGGAUAUUUUGGAGUGGGACGACAGCAUCGAGCUGGCCGUUCUGAACGGUGGAGGCAGCGUGACCAGCUUGGCCAAGAGUGAAGAGGUAGUGGUACCGGAGGUCGAGCAACCGCCGAAAGAGCCAGUUCCCCCAAUCGUCAAAAUUCCUAAAACCCGACAAUUCUUCCGCUGUCUCAAGUGCGACACGGAGUUCCCAAACGCGCACCGUCUCAUCUUCCACGACUGCCCCCAGCGGGACCAGUUCCCGGGCUUCCAGUGCCAGUUCUGCCAGCGCUGGUACAUCAAAGAGCAGUGGUUUAUGCGGCACUUGAAGCUCCACCAAGAUCUGCUGCCGCUGGCGUGUCCCCAGUGCGACGCUAACUUUCUCGCGCCGGAAGAGCUGGAAGGGCACCGCUGCAAGAAGAAGGUAACGCCGAAGCAGAAAGAGAUUAUCGAUGUGGUGCCGAGCGAGAGCAGCGGCGGCGGCGGAGGCGGUCGUGGCAAAGGUAGCGGCUCGGGCAAAGUGGUACUGCCGCAUUACUACAUCUGCCAGAUUUGCAACAUUUCGUUGCGCAGCGAGCGGCAGCUUAAUCUGCACCUGCACAUCCACCAGCUGGCCAAAGCGAACGCGAUGAGUGCGGCCAUGCAGCGGGUGGCGGCGGCGGCGGCGACGACGGGGGAGGAGGUGGAGAUUCCAUCAUCGCCACUGGCCGCCGAAUCGGAAGCCCCCUCCACCAGCGACGCCAAAUCUCCACCGAAGCAACAGUUGCACAUUUUUGAGUGCAACAUUUGCGCGCUGACGAUGCGCUCGAUCGAGGAGGUGCGCGUCCAUCUGGCCAGCCACGCCAGCAACCGGCUCUACAAGUGCGAAUCCUGCAACGAGCGGUUCGCGACCACGCGGAAUCUGCAGCAGCACAAGUGCCCCAAAGUCGCGACGCCGGUACCACCACGCAAACAACCGGCACCCAAAAGGAAGGCCAAGGAUCCGCCCAAGCAAGUGGUGGGACCGAAGGUGGUUUCGAAGAGCGUCGAUGAGAAAGUUGAGGAGGCUUUGGUGGAGCACAAGUGCGUCCACUGUGGGAAGAUCUUUGGGCAAGCAGCUGGUCUGGCUUGCCACAUGAAGGAGCACGGCGGAGAUCCCGAGGGACGGUUCCAGUGCGAGAAGUGUCCAAUGAAAUUUAAGAUUUUGAGAAAUUUGAUUGUUCAUCGCGCAAAGUUGCAUUAA